GCGAUCGCGGUGCUGGCACGGUUCGUGCCGGGUCGGGGACCCGAGCGAGAAUCACCCCCUGCCCCGGCGCGGGGUCACCCCGCUCCCCUUCGCUUCGCUUCCAGCCAAAGUCCUUUCCCGUUUCUGCUGACUUGGCCCCGGCUCUGCGGAAACGGCCUCUUGUGACACCUUCCCAUCCCCGGCGGUGGCCCGGUUGGGCUCUGCCUGCCUCGCCGUGCUGCCCCACAGCACCCACCACCCCACAGCACCCACCGCCCCACAGCACCCACCGCCCCACAGCACCCACCGCCCCGCAGCACCCACCGCCCCGCAGCACCCGCCGCCCCGCUCCGGCAUGUGGCUGCUGCUCAUCCUGCUGCAGGCUGCCGUCCUGCCCGCCCAGCUCUGCGAAGCCCCGGGGGAGGCGGCAGCGGCGGCGGUGCGGGUGCUGAGCGCCCGGCUGCUGGGGCUGGCGGCGGACCCGGCGCGGCUCCCUGACCCCAGCGUCUACCUGGCCCUCCGCCUGGCCGGCGAACACGACCCGCGCGAGGAGGAGCGGUACCUGGGGCGGCUGCGGGACGCCUUCCAGCCCCGCUACGGCCGGAGCCUGCAGGCAGCCGGCCAGCCCCAGAGGGACGCUGAGGCCACUGAGCACGGCACGAGCGCCGAGGCGGCGUGGCCGGAGACGGGGCGGCUGGCGCUGUACCUGCUGGGGCUGCGGGCCACUUGUCCCCCACCGGAGCCCGGUCCCCAGCGCUCACUGGUGACGUGGCUGAAGUAUUACCUGGAGGCGGACUGGGCAGGCUCCCGGCGGCAUGGCCACCCCCUCACCAGUUACUACCAGUACAGCCUGGGCGUGCUGGCACUCUGCGUCCACCGCAAGCGGGUGCGGGAGGAGGUGAUCCGCCGGCUGCUGGAGGCCGAGCACCACGGCAAGUUCGGGCACGCCGGCGGCAGCGCCGUGGACACGGAGGCGGUGGCAGCGCUGGCCUUCACCUGCCUGGAGCGGGAGCGGCUGGUGGGGGCCAGGCUGGCGGCCGAGCUGCGGGCGGCCACGCGCGGGGCGAGGAGGAGGAUGGUUGAGGCGCAGGGUCAGGACGGUUUCUUCGGCAACGUCUACAGCACCCCGUGGGCCAUGCAGGUCUUCCUCGCCACCAACGCGUGCCGGACGCAGCCGGCGUACGGCCGGGCCAUGGCCGCGCUGCUGGAGAACCUGGGCGCCUUCACCACCGCCGCGACCGUGGCCCAGGCGCUGCCGGUGCUGCACGGCCGCUCGUACCUGGACGUCGCCUCCACGCGCUGCCGGGAGGAGCCGGACACGCUGACGCCCGUCGGCCCGGAGCCGCUGCCCGAGAUGCCGGGGAACGUGACGGUGCGGCUGGUGGUGGAAUGCCCCGAGCCGCGGUGUCCCCAGCGCCGGCUCUACGACCGGCUCGUGCCUGUGCCCGCCGGUGCCUCCCUCCUGGAUGUGCUCGGGGCGGCCGCCGCGCAGGGACCCCCCGACUUCACGUUUGCCACCCAGGACACCCCCCAGGGCCCCUUCCUGAGUGGGGUGCUGGGGCUGGAGGCCCAGCAGCGCAAGCGGAGCUACUGGCAGCUCCUCACCGCCCCCAGCACCAACCUGCAGAUGGGUAUCGCCGACUACAGACCUCAUGAUGGGGAGACCCUCAUCCUGCGCCUGAGCGAGUGGUAGAGGGUGUGGGGGAGCGAUGGCAAUAAAACGCCUGCCUCGGGUGCAGGACCUGCCGGC